AUGACAAUUCACAAUAAUAGGAGCGUUUCUCACCCAGCCACAUUUUUCCUCAUUGGGAUCCCAGGUCUGGAGGAAGUCCAUGCCUGGAUCUCUCUGCCUUUUUGCUGUAUUUAUCUUGUGGCUUUAAUGGGAAAUACCAUGAUCCUGGUAGUUAUCAAGACAGAGCAUUCUCUCCGAGAGCCCAUGUUCUACUUUCUGGCCAUCCUUUCUUCAGUCGACUUGGCUCUUUCUACAACCUCUGUGCCCCGUAUGCUUGGUAUAUUCUGGUUUGAUGCCCAUGAAAUAAAUUUUGGUGGCUGUGUGGCUCAGAUGUUUUUGAUCCAUGCCUUCACUGGCAUGGAGGCUGAGGUUCUCAUGGCCAUGGCUUUUGACCGUUAUGUAGCCAUCUGUGCUCCACUCCACUACACAACCAUCUUGACAUCUCGUGUAUUGAUGGGCAUCAGUAUAUGUGUGGUAAUUCGUCCAGCUUUGUUUAUAUGUCCAAUGAUCUAUCUCAUUUACCGCUUACCCUUUUGUCAAGCUCAUGUAAUAGCACAUUCCUAUUGUGAACACAUGGGCAUUGCAAAAUUGUCCUGUGGAGACAUCCAUAUCAAUGCUGUGUAUGGCCUUUUUGUGGUCUCUCUCUUUCUUUUGAACUUGGUACUCAUUGGCAUCUCAUAUGGGUACAUUCUUCGCGCUGUGUUCCGCCUCCCAUCUCAGGAUGCACGGUUAAAAGCCCUCAGCACAUGUGGUUCUCACGUUGCUGUUCUCUGUGUUUUCUAUAUCCCAUCAGUCUUCUCUUUCCUCACUCAUCGAUUUGGACACAACAUUCCACACUACAUUCACAUUCUUGUUGCCAACCUCUAUUUGGUCAUUCCCCCCUCCCUGAAUCCCAUCAUUUACAGUGUGAGGACAAAGCAGAUAAGAGAACGUGUUCUCCAUUUAUUCACUAAAAGGUAA